CACUAUCUCUGACAAUUUCCAAGAUAUCUUUUCCAUAAAAUCUUAGUGUGGUUUCUUCUGAGAGCUUCCUGGAAGAUACAUCAGGUUUUUCAGUGACUAAGGCCAGAGAAAAGCACCCGCCAGUUACCAUUUUUGUCUGACAUUUCAAGGAAAAAUGGUUGAACCUGUGGGCAACCACUAUGUUGUAGCCAGACCUGUGUACUCGGAGAAUUUGUUUAAUGAAGAGCAUGACAAGUUGCACAGGUACCAUAAAAGCUUUUUGGAUCACCUGAAACUCUAUUUUCGCUGCUCCCCACAAAGGGCUAAAAAAUUUGCCUUGGGUUUGUUUCCUGUUUUCUCCUGGCUGCCAGCGUACCGCUUCAGGGAGUGGAUCCUGAGUGACAUUGUCUCUGGCGUCAGCACGGGGCUCGUGGCUGUCCUGCAAGGUCUUGCCUUUGCUUUGCUGGUGAACGUCCCCCCCGGUUAUGGACUCUAUGCAGCAUUUUUCCCUGUUUUGGUCUAUUUUAUCUUUGGCACAUCUAGACAUAUCUCUGCAGGUCCCUUCCCUGUUCUGAGCCUGAUGGUGGGAGGAGUCGUCAUUAGGCUGGUCCCCGAUGACAGUUCUGGAAAUGGCACUGCCACCAAUAGCUCAGCAAUAAAUGAUGAGAGGGUGAUGGUGGCAGCAUCUGUAACCUUCCUUUCCGGGGUUUUUCAGUUACUUCUGGGAACUCUCCAGUUUGGAUUCAUUGUUAUUUAUCUAUCACAAUCAUUAAUCAGUGGUUUCACAACUGCUGCAGCAGUCCAUGUUCUGGUAUCUCAGCUGAAAUUCAUGCUUCAACUGCCUGUACCUGGAUUUAUUAAACCAUUUGGCAUCAUCUAUACUCUGGAGAGCAUUUUCAGCCAGAUCACAGAAACAAACAUUGCUGACCUAGUCACAUCCCUUAUUGUCCUGCUUAUCGUGUUUGUGGUGAAAGAAAUGAACGAUCGAUACAAAGCAAAGCUCCCAGCUCCCAUCCCCAUCGAACUCCUUGUGACAGUCUUGGCAGCACUGAUUUCCUAUUUUCUUAACUUUGAAGAAAAAUUUAAUGUAGCUGUGGUUGGAAAACUAGAGGAAGGAUUUAAAGCACCUGUUGCACCUGAUGUGGGUAUACUCCAAAAAUGUAUUGGUGACAGCAUUUCAAUUGCAAUUGUUGGGUUUGCAGUAGCCUUCUCCGUGGCUAAAGUGUAUUCCAUCAAGCAUGACUACCAAAUAGAUGGCAACCAGGAGCUAAUUGCUUUCGGGCUGGGUAACAUAGUUGGUGGAUCAUUCAAAGGAUUUGCCUCCAGCACAGCUUUGUCAAGAUCGGGUGUGCAGGAGAGCACAGGAGGCAAAACACAGAUUGCUGGUAUUAUCUCUGCUGUCAUAGUCUUGAUUGUGAUCUUAGCCAUUGGGUUUCUCCUGGAGCCAUUACAGAAGUCAGUCCUUGCAUCUUUGGCUCUUGGCAACUUGAAAGGAAUGCUCAUGCAGUUCAAGGAAAUAGGUGUCCUAUGGAGAACAGACAAGUAUGACUGUGUUAUAUGGGUGGUGACUUUCUUAGCUGCAAUUUUUCUUGGCCUGGACAUUGGUCUUGCAACUGCUGUGGCCUUCCAGCUGCUGACCGUGGUGAUCCGCUCCCAGGUUCCAAGCUGCACCAUUUUGGCUAAUGUUGGGAGAAAUGAUAUCUACAGAAAUAAGAAGGAUUACACUGAUAUCUAUGAGCCAGAGGGAGUGAAGAUUUUCAGAUGUUCAGCUCCUAUCUUCUUUGCUAAUAUUGAAUUCUUCAGAGAGAAACUCAUCAGUGCAGUUGGCUUUAACCCACUGAGAGUCCUGAGGAAACGCAAUAAAGCCCUGAGGAAGAUGAGAAAGAUGCUGAAAAAAGGAGAGCUGCAAGUGACACCCAAAGGCUUGAUCUGUGUGGCUAGCCCUACGCUUGAGUCAGAUGAAGAAUUAGACAACAACAGCAUAGAGGAGCUGGACAAGCCCACCAUCAUGACAGACUUGCCCAUUCAGAUCAACUGGGGGGCUGAACUCCCCCCUGGCAUCACUGUGCCCCAGGUUGACAUCCACAGCAUCAUUCUGGAUUUCUCAUCAGUGUCCUUCCUUGAUUUUUCUGCCAUGCGAAUUCUCCAAAAGACUUUGAAGGAAUUUGUCAGGAUCAACAUCGACAUUUACAUUGCAGGGGCACAUGAGGGCUUCGUGGAAAAACUGGAGAGAUGUGAAUUUUUUGAUGAGGAGAUCAAGCCAUCCAUGUUUUUCCUCACCAUUCACGAUGCAGUUUUACACAUUUUGCUGAAGAAGGACAUAGCCAGCUCCCCCAAAUUAAAACCUGCUGAGGAGAAGAGCAGCAGCAGUGACUACAUCAUCAUUCCCAGCAAUGGGCUGCGCAGCCGUGCCGGCACGAUUCCAACAGAAACUAAAUUCUAGAUUUAACUUUCUAAAUAUAAUAUCCUCCAGCAACACAUCACUUACAGAAGAUGAAUUCAGGUGCAGCCAUGAGCAUGAACAGAAGGAUACUUUCAUACAAAUUAAGAAGAAUUUACUACAUAUGGUUCUGUUCCAGGUUUUGGAAUGGGUGUGUUAAUUUUAUGUGUCUCUGUAUAUAGAAAUGUAUUCAUGUACAUAUAUGGAGGCUAAAAUCACACAGAUUUUAUUAUUUCAUACCUUGUUGACAGCCUACCCACAGAUUGCAGAAGGAGGUAAUGUUAACUCUAUUUGCAUAUAUGUGUAUAUAUAUUUUCCUGGCAGUUUGUAGGCAAUCUGUACAGUUAUGAGGGAAUAUAAAAUAUUUGAAAUUUUGUGAUUUAUC